AUGCUUCCUCGGAUAAUGAAAAAGAGCUUCAUCCUCUUUUAUCUCAAGAUAACUGAGGGCUUGAAACUACCUAAGAGUACAGCUGAUGAAAUUGUCGGAUUGGUGAAAGUGCUGUUCGCAUCAGCACUUCAGCACACUGCAGCUGAAAUUGAAAAAAGCUUAAGCUGCACAACCUUGACAAAUAUAUUUCCGGCCACAUUCUGCACACUCUUCGAUGCAGAUACUGUUUUGGACAAUAUGCUUGCUGGUGCGCAAACCAAAUAUCAACGAGAAGCCUGUGUGAAGGCAAGUCUUUCUUAUACAGCAGUUAAGGAAGUGAAACUGCAACAAGGUGAACAACCAAAAGAAUCUUUCUGUUACAUUCCUGUAGAAGAUCUGCUCAAAAAUCUCCUCACUUCUACAAAAACCUACAACAGUGUCACCGAGCCACUCAGCAAACAAGCCUAUGAGAUACUAACUGACUUCUGUGGUGCCCGCUUUCUUCAGGAGAAACAGCAACAAAUGCUCAAGGAUGACAAUCAGAGUACUAUAUUUAUUUUGCUUAACACUGAUGAGGUAGAACUGAACAACCCACUAGGAGCAGCUGUAGGAAAGCACAAGAUUCUUCUCUAUUUCAGCAUCCUGAAUCUUCAUGCCAGGCAUCACUCGAAGCUAGUAGCAAUUCACCUACUGCUGAUUGGGGCCUACCCCACUGCCCAACACUAUGGGUUAGAAGCUGUGAUGACACCCUUGAUUAAGGACCUGAACUUUCUCGGGAGCCACGGAUUACAAGUCGGUGAUGAGAAGUUUGGUGUGUCGGCUGUUGCCAUAGUUGGCGAUAAACUCUCAAUGCAUCGUUUGAUGGGCAUUUCAUGCUCAUUCAGUAGUGGACGGAUUAGCAGGUACUGCUUAGCAUUGUUUGCGAAUCUAAAGCAACUCGUCACGCCAUCAGAGUAUGUGAGACGUACCCCUUUGUCGCAUGCUAGCCAUCAGGCUGCGUUUCUUGUCGGUCCUUCGCAUGAUGCAUUGUAUGGCAUUACCGCCCUCUCUCCACUCGCUUCUUUAGAAAGAUUUGAUGUCACGCUGCAACUCCCUCCCAAUGCUAUGCACGAUAUCCUUGAGGGAGGAAUUGCUUUUGUGCUUAAGACUGUACUGAUGGGUCUGGUUGGAUCUGGUGCGAUCAAGAAAGAGGAUUUGUGUCGGGUUGCCGAAUAUCCAUAUGGGGUUCAUGACAGGAAAUCCAAACCAGUCGCUCUGACCAAAAAAGUCAUCACACCAUCAGGUCAACUGCGAGGGACAGCGUCGCAGAAGUGGUGCUUGUACAGGCUUUUUCCUCACAUAUUUGGAGACCUCAUCCAAGAGAAUGAUGAGCACUGGGAAAUUUACCUCUUGUAUCGACAGAUUAUUGACAUCGUUUUUGCGAACAAAAUUCCAAGGGAUUGUAUCUUCUACCUUGCGGUCCUGAUCUCGGAUUUCCUCACCUUGUUUGUGGAGCAGUACCCGGAGAAGCACAUGAAGCCUAAACUCCAUUACUUGUUGCAUUACCCGGAAUACAUUUCACAAUUCGGCCCACCUCAACGCUAUUGGGCGAUAAGGCUCGAAGCAAAACAUCCAUAUUUGAAAGCGGUCGCGUCCAAAGUUAAGAACUUUAAGAACAUUGCCAAGACACUAUCACACAGGCAUCAGCUGCUCCAAGCUUAUGAACUUGGUUCAAGCAUGAAGAAUGAAAGUAUUCAGGUGACAGGGAUGGAGGUCGUGGAAACGGCAUCGCUGCUAGAAGGGAUCACAGCUGCACUCCCAGAUCUGUUGUGCAAUGAGGCCAUGCUUACUUGUGUGGAAACUGCAGUGUUUAACCGCUGUAACUAUAGAGCCGGUGACGUAUUUGUCAUCACAAAUGGUAAAACUCCGCAGUUCGGGAAAAUUAAUUUUGUUUUGUUCCAAACGGCACGCUAG